AUGCGAGGCUGCGCAAAAGCCAUCCGCUUGUCCCAGACGGAUUGGCUGCGAUUCGCCGACAACAGAUUGCCGCCGACGAGAAUGACUGCCAGGCCACUCAGAGGGUGUGGGGCUCGCGCGCACGCGCGCGGUGACCUCGGCUUUGAGGACCUGCGGGAGCAGCUCGGAGGCUUCUCAGAGAACUUCACCGUGCUGGAGGUGGGGUCUUACUUUGGCUACACCACCCGCUGGCUGAGCUAUUUGUUCAAGCGGGUCAUCGCCCUGGACGCAGUCCCUGAACUGCUGCAGGCGAAUCGGGAGUAUAACUCGGACAGAGAGAACAUCCUGUACUUAAGGUUUCACACUGGACACCACGAUUGGAGUAUCUUCUCCAUGAAUGCCAUCCAUGUUGUGUUCCUGGACGCGUCGCAUGACUUCGAGAGCGUCAUGCAAGACAUCGACAACUGCCUGCGCAUACCCACCGUGAGCCUCAUCAUUUUUGAUGAUUAUGGUGCUGAGGAAGGAGUGCGCAUGGCAGUGCAGCGCUUCGUGUCCGCCGCGCGUUUGCGGCCGGUGGCCUUCCUGGGCGAGGGCGCCGCGGGGUCCUGGCGGCUCCGGGACGGCCGGGAGGUGCAGGACCGCGAGGCCGUGGCCUGCGAGGUGUUGCGGCCCUAA